AUGAACAUAAUAACUAUUGUAAUUCUAAUUUUCAGUUUUCUUACUACAUUGUUUUUAUUACAAGUAAUUAUCAGUCCUUCCAAAACCUCCUUUGAUGUAAAUUUAUCAAAUAUUAUUCCUCAAAUUAAUUGGCCUUAUAAUGACAAUAAUGUAAAUGAAAACAUAGAAAUAAUUAAAUUAACUGAUGAAGAAAUUUUAUUUAGACCAAAUGCUUAUCCUAUUCCUAAACCUUCUGUUGAAAGAAAAUUUAAAAUUGGGGUUUUACCUAUUCCUGGUUCUAAAUUACCAAAAUUACCAACUCAUAGUAAUAUCCAAUUUAUUCCACUUCUAUUUUCUGAGCGUUCCGAAACAAAGUAUUGGCCAAAUAUGGGAUAUUAUAUUUCCCUUUUUGGUUUUGAAUAUAGAACUGAAACUAAAGAGCAAUAUCCUUUUAACCAAUACCAAGAAGAUAUCGCAUUUGUUCAAGACUUCUAUCCAUUUACUAAAACAUUUCAUAAGGAAUUAGACUUAAUUUUUAUUGCACCUAUUGGGGUAACAUUAAAUUCAAUUUUUGCAAAUAACUUGUAUGAAUUUAUUAAUAGUGCCAUUGAAGAAACACCUAAUUUCUGUAUUCUUCAAACAUACAUGUCAAAGGCAGAAAGAGAACAAAACCAAAUUCAUGGGUCUACAUAUAAGUUAAAAGUUAAUUGGCCAAAAUAUUCUUACAAACAACUUGGAGGAUUAAUUACAACUCCAGAAAUUUUCUCAAGAAUGCCUCACUUUUUAUUCUCUACACAUUAUUUGAAUCGAUUCGAUGUUAUUCUUCAACAUUAUUGUGAAGUAGUAGAUGAUCCAAUUAUUGUUUCUCCAUAUAAUCUUUUUAAUAUUUCUGAAGGUGCUUUUAAUUGA